AUGAUUUUGAUAAAAGGUAAAGUUGACAAGACAUUGUUUAUAAAGAGAAUAAAAAACCAUACUCUAUUAGUUCAAGUAUAUGUUGACGACAUCAUCCUCGGAUCAACCAACAAAGAAUUAUGUGAAGAAUUCUCAUCAAUAAUGCAAGGAGAAUUUGAAAUGUCUAUGAUGGGGAAGAUGAACUAUUUUCUUGGAAUUCAAAUCAAGCAACUAAAGGAUGGCUUCUUUAUCAACCAAUCCAAGUAUUGUAAAGAAUUAUUGAAGAAAUUCGACAUGGAUAGUUUUAAAGCAAUGUCUACACCAACGGGAUCCGGAACCUAUGUUGAUCAAGACGAAUCCGGUGUCUCUAUUGAUAUUACCAAAUAUCGAGGUUGCAAAAGUGAUCGCAAAAGCACUAGUGGAACAUGUCACAUCUUAGGAAAUGCUUUAGUUUCAUGGUCAUGCAAGAAACAAGCAUGUGUAGCACUUAGCACAGCCGAAGCAGAAUAUAUUGCUGCAGGAAGUUGUUGUGCUCAAAUAUUAUGUUGA